GGCACGUCUCCCAGGCCAUGACGCUGAUGGAGUACCUCAUCAAGACGGGCUCGGAGCGCGUGUCGCAGCAGUGCAAGGAGAACAUGUACGCCGUGCAGACGCUCAAGGACUUCCAGUACGUGGACCGCGACGGCAAGGACCAGGGCGUCAACGUGCGAGAGAAGGCCAAGCAGCUGGUGGCCCUACUGCGUGACGAGGACCGGCUGCGGGAGGAGCGAGCCCACGCGCUCAAGACCAAGGAGAAGCUGGCACAGACCGCCACGGCCUCCUCUGCAGAGGAGCGUAUCCGCCGUGGGGAUGACCUGAGGCUGCAGAUGGCCAUAGAGGAGAGCAAGCGAGAGACCGGGGGCCAGGAGGAGUCGUCCCUCAUGGAUCUCGCUGAUGUCUUUACGGCCCCGGCUCCUCCGACGGCCUCAGACCCCUGGGGGGCCCCAGCACCCAUGGCCACUGCCAUCCCCACAGCCACCCCUGCCUCGGACCCUUGGGGGGGACCUCCUGUUCCUCCAGCUGCUGAUCCCUGGGGUGGCCCGGCCCCUACCCCAGCCUCCGGGGACCCCUGGAGGCCUGCUGCCCCUGCAGGGCCCCCGGCUGCCCCUUGGGGUGGGACCCAGGCCCCUGCAGCUGGAGAGGGGCCCACCCCUGACCCGUGGGGGAGCUCAGACAGUGGGGCCCUGGUCGGUGGACCCCCAGCUGCUGAUCCCUGGGCCCCAGCCCCGGCCUUCUCGGACCCCUGGGGGGGGUCACCUGCCAAGCCCAGCACCAACGGCACUGCAGGAGCUGUGCCCACUGCGGUCCCGGACUCGGCCCACAAGCUGUUCAUCGGGGGCUUACCCAACUACCUCAACGAUGACCAGGUGAAAGAGCUGCUGACAUGGUAG